UCGACGCAGGGCGAGUCGAAUCGAGUCCACUCCUCUCCUCUCCUCUCCUCUCCUCUCAUCUUCUCUCCUCUUCUCACCUCACCUCUCCUCUCCUCUCCUCCACCCGGCCCCAAAGAUGAGCUACUCUUCCGAGUGCUACUAUGGCUCUUACCGUAAGGGUUACGGCGACAACCUCCGGUUGUCCGGCCGAUUGACAUCAAACAGCCCUUCCAGAAACUCAGUGACCAAAGUCUCCAUGUCCAGAAGCCUCUCUCCUUUCUCUUACAAAAGGUCGAGUGCCUAUCCUUCUUCCCUCGACUCUUUCGACCUGUCCCAGUGCACGGCGGUCAACAAUGAAUUCAAGAUUAUCAGGACCAACGAGAAGGAACAGCUCCAAGGGCUGAACGACCGCUUCGUCACUUACAUCGACAAGGUACAUCACCUGGAGCAGCAGAACAAGGUGCUGGAGGCCGAGGUGACCCUGCUGAGGCAGAAGCAGGCCGAGCCGUCCCGUCUCAACCAGGUGUACGAGCAGGAGAUCCGCGACCUGCGCACCCGGGUGGAGGAGCUGAGCCAUGAGCGGAGCCAGCUGCGCCUCGACUGCGAACAUCUGGCCGGCUGCCUGGACAAACUCAAGGAUAAGUACGACCAAGAGCUUCAGCUGCGAAAAGAGGCCGAGGCCACGCUGAAGGUGUACAGGAAAGACCUGGAUGAUGCCACUUUGGCCAGGUUGGAGCAAGAGAAGAAGAUCGAGUCUCUCCUUGAUGAGAUCGCGUUCAUGAAGAAGGUCCACCAGGAAGACCUGGCCGAGUUACAAGCCGCAUUGCAGGCGUCCCAGGUAACAGUGGAGGUCGAUGUGAGCAAGCCGGAUCUGACAGCUGCUCUGAAAGAAAUCAGGUCCCAGUAUGAGGUGAUCGCCAUAAAGAACCAGCAGACGUCGGAAGAAUGGUACAAAUCAAAAUUCGCCAACUUCACGGAGAAUGCAGCCCGCGGUAACGAAGCUGCCCGAGCAGCCAAAGAGGAGAUUACCGAGUACCGGCGCCAACUGCAAUCACGGAACAUUGAAAUCGAAGCUGUCAAAUGCACCAACGAGUCUCUAGAGAAGCAAAUGCUGGAUAUGGAGGACAGACACAAUGCGGAGAUCAACAACCUGCAGGAAGCCAUCAAUGAACUUCAAAAUGCACUGCAUUCCACUAAGAAUGAAAUGACUCAGCACCUGAGGGAGUACCAAGAUUUGCUCAAUGUCAAGAUGGCACUGGACAUUGAAAUAGCUGCAUAUAGGAAAUUACUGGAAGGCGAGGAAACUCGGCUAAACACAGUAAGUUGCAGUACUCCUGCAUUCAUGAUUCCUACCUUUUCCUCCACCAUCUUGUCUGAGGCAAAGACCUUUACCACUGUUGGCAUCAGGAAAACCACAGGAGGGGAUGGCGCAGAGAAAACAUCAGCCACGAGGAAGGGCAGGUCUUCAAAUGAAGAGAAGGCAGGAAAAAUGCAGAGCAAGAAUUAAUGCUUUUCAUCAUUCAAUCUGCUCUCCCCUUCCAGUCACUUCAGAAAUCUCCUGCACCCCACCCCAACCUAAGAACAAAUACAUAAAAAUAAAGUUUCAAGCUUACAGGAAGGAUAUUUUGCAGUCUGCUUAAAAGGAAUCAGCCAAGAUUAUUACAUUUCAGUAAUCCUAUUAUAUUCUAGCUAUAAAGUAUGAAGAUAUGGUUCACUCUAAUCAAUUACAAUUAUUUUAUAUAUGUUCGGGUUAACCAGAUGUGUCUUGUUUCAGAUAAUUAUAUAUUUAUAAUUUAUCAUUAAUAGUUUGAAGGUAUGUCAAUGUUUGGAACUAUGUCAGUACCCUUUAUUUAUUACAAACAGAAUUUGCAAUAAUUUAUGUGGACAUUUUCAAAAUAAGUAUUGUUUGGGAAGAGUACCAAUGACUGUUCUGCAUUUGAAAAUAUUAGACCUUCCUUUUCCUGAUCUCUCUCUCUGCCUCAUGUUGUUCACCUGAUUACCAGUUAUUCCAAUAGUGCAACAGCUUGCCUUAAAUAUAGAGGUCCUAUAGUACUUCACAGAAUUGUUGUCAAUUGUCAUCUCUGUGGCCUAGAUUCAAAGGCAUGGGUUAGAAUUUAAAUCUGACUCCCUUUGAAGGGUACUUUAAAGUUGAAUAUUAUGCACAUUCAUCCUCAUUGCAAGAUUGAUUAAUGUUCAUUGGGGAGGCCACUAGCCUUACCCUUGCCCGUGUCCUUGACCCCAACCCCUCCCAUCACAGUGUAUAGCUGUGUCUUAAGACUUUUUCGCCAUACUUCAUCAAACCUCCUACCUGGUGCACAACCCAACAUAGAUUCUAAUAAAUGCAAGCAAGAAACAGACCGAUCUGAAGAAGGGUCCCGACUCGAAACAUUGUCUGUCCAUUCCCUCCACAGAUGCUGCCUGACUUGCCGAGUUCCUCCAGCACUUUGAGUUUUGCUCAGGAAACAGACCCUUCCACUUCUCCCUUGCAACCUCUACCUUCAGACAAGCCACGGUUGGCUAGGCUGCAAAGUCAAGUCGAGGUCAUAGUCAUAUGCACAAGUACAGUGAGGUACAGGUACAAUGAAAAUCUUGCUUGCAGCACCAUCGCAGGCACAUAAACCACAUACAAAAAUAAGAAUUACACAUAACUUCUGCAAGACAGUGAAAAGAAAAAGUGAUGGAAAUGUACUGAUUGCUGGAAUACUAAGAACUCCAUGUAUGCCUCCUUGCUAUAUCUGAUCAGAGUAUUUGUUGUUGGCCCUAAGUGUUUAAUAUGCACUGAUGUUCUCCAAUUAGGUUUAGUUCACUAUUGUCACAUACACUGAAGUACAGUAAAAAGCUUUGUGUUGCAUGGUAUCCAAUCAAAUCAGAUAAUACUAUACAUAAAUACAACCAAGCCAAACUCAAAUACAAUAGGUAGAGCAAUGAGGAAGAUACAGAGUGCAGAGUAUAGUUCUCAGCAUUGUAGUGCACCAGGUGCAGACCCACAGUCGAAUGUCUGUAGUAGGGUAGAGGAUGAAUCGGACAGUGCCCUAGCAGAUGGGAGAACCAUUCAGAAGCUGUUCCUGAGUCCGGUGGUGCACACUUUCAAGGAUCUGUAUCUUCUGCCUGACAGGAGCAGGGGGAAGAAAAAAUGAUCAGCUUGGGACAAGUCUUUGUUAGUGUUGGUUUUAACUUAGACUGACAUCAAAGGUCACGGCAUUGUUAUCCAACAACAAAGACACUGUUGAGCCACACAAAGAUUAAGGAGAAAUUACCAACGGCUUAGUCACAAUAGUAGAUUUAAGGAACAUCGUAAAGGAGGUAAAAGAUGUAGACAGGCUUCGUUGAGGAAUUCCAGAGUGGGAUGCCAGCCAAAUCUAAUGUUACAGAGGUGCAAUCAGUUUAGUUUGAUUUCAGACAAAUACAGUAGAAUGUUGGGAUGAGGUAAGGAGAUUGUAAUGGGGACUAUGACUUAAGUAAUUUCAAUCUUUUGUUGGAGAAUUCCCCAAUAUUAAUAUCUUUCACCUUAAACACAAAAUAUUAAUCAAAAUAAUCCAGAAGAGGAAUUGCAAAAAUAUGAUGAGGCACUACGAAGAGGUGAAAAAAAGUUGCCAAUCACCUUGUGUGGAGAGUUUAAAUAAAUCAAUGAUAUGUUGUUGUCACACUUACCAAGGUACAGUGACAUGCAAUGUUUCGCAUACAACCCAGUAAAAUCAUAUAGCAGACCUCACCUCGGCGGUACACAAGUGUCGCCACGUUUCUGGCGCCAAGUUCACUGAACAGUCCUAUCUUCUGCCUGCCACCACAUGUGGCAGAAGGCAGCCCCCCGCCAUUGAAGCAAAAGUAAAUACACAUGUGUGAUAUGGUCCUAUGGAAUGUUAUUGUUACAUUAUUCCACAUGUAAUCUGGACAGCCAAUUUCCCAUGGAUAUAAACUUUAAUCUCUCAAAAUUCCAGAUAUCAAAUGCAGAGCCUGAACAGGAUCUAUGUACUUUGUUCUCUUGACUCCCAACACAUCUAGACUCUCCUCCUUUUGUUUAGUUUUGCUGCUAAAAUUUGUUUGUAAAAUACCCGACUCUAUUAGGAUUGUGGCUUUUUAAUUUCUCUUCCUGGUCUAACAAAAAACAUUUUCCUUGAGGAUAAAUAUUCAGGACUGUUAUCAAUGUAUUGCUGCUAUAUAUAAGAUUAACAUUUAUGCGAAGAUGAGAAAAAUUCCAAAUAAGCCAAAUAAUUAGAAAGAAAUGUUGUAUAAUGUAUUUCUAAAAGUGUAAAACUUCAAGGAGUCAUUGAGCUAAAAAGUGAAGAGAGGAACAUGUUAUUAACUUGUAAUAAUCUUUUGAGACUGCAAUGCAUGAUGCAUCUUAUGGCGUGCAAAGAACAGCUAUGGAAUUAAUCGCAGAGGAAUUGCCUUAAGCUGUGAAAGAAGACAGGUAUAAAAUCCAUCUCCAUGGAAUUGCAGCAUGCUCAUAGUGGUCUUAUUAAAUGUGAAAAUCAACUGGUCACUGGAAAAGUUCCACUGCACAAAAAUCAUUCAAAUCUGUAUGGUUUCACCCUACUACAAUAAAAAAAACUUUUGUCUUCUAAUGCCAAAUAAAGCAAUCAACAAAUA